AAAAAAACCCUCUGUGAAACGUCACAUGAAACUAGUUUCGAUAGUUGAAUGGUUUCUCUUCCCGUUUGUACUAACGGAAAUAAUCUUGGAAUUUAACUUCAAAUCCCAUAUUCCCAGAGAUAACAACAUUGAAAGCUUGAGUUCUAACAAGAUCAGAAAUAUGGAGGACGAUAUCGUCGGUAUGGAAAAUGAGGGCUUCGAACCCAAUGCUUUUUUGAUUUCGCUCGUAAAUGCUACGCCUGACCAAGAUGAGGAUCCUCUUAUGAAGUUUGUUCUCCAAAAAGAUGACCAAAAGCUACCAAGUCAACCAAGAAAAUCAGACAAUCCAGCCAUGGAUACCUUUUCCAUAACAACUUCAUCGCAAACAAAGCCUUUUAACACAGGUCAAUCCCGUACUGAUGAUGCUGCAGCUCCUUCAAAGAAAAGAGCGCGAGAACCCGACAACACGCGAACCAUGGCAGCGCCGGAGCCUUUGAAUGCGUUGCUUGUGACUGCCAGCGUCAAUGCUCCAGGAGAAUACGCAGAGGCAAAAAAAYCCAAGAGUGUGAGCGAAAAACACAUGGAAUCGAAUUCAAACGUUAGCUUACCUCUCUCGAAUAAUUUCCAACACUGCCAUCAAAAUGUUUCAAGAGGAAAAAAUCAAAAAAUACUUGGUGUUGACCUUCAGGCUAAUGGUCCUUCAUCUUUGGCCCAUUCUUUGCCUCUUGUUGACGAUUUUAGCCAAUUUCCAGCGUCUCAGAGUUCUGCAGUUCCUCCUUUGGUAGGAUUUAGAGUUGGCGGAAGUGAAUUUGGCUGCAACGAAGAAUUAAGUCCAUUUGAGCAAGUACCAUCUGUGAACCCACCAUCAGUUGCUUCAGUUGUGCUUAGCAGCGGAGGAAUCUCUAUGUCACCGUUUUCAGCAUCAACUUUUAGUGAAGAUGACACUUUGAGUGCAGCAACCCCAGGCUCUUCACAAAAUGUCCAGGAGAGUCAGUCCCAUUUUCAUUGUACAAUCCCUAAUUCACAAGGGAAUAUUGGAAACUCUUCAAUGCCGCUGGAAUUCAAUCAACUUGAGGGAAUUGGACAGACRAAUGGCUCGUUAUUGGGCGUCAAAGAGCUCGAUCCAACUUUCUCACAAAACAAUGAAACGCUGACGAACAUUUGCGCACAAGGCAAUGUUCCAGUACUUAAAGAUGUCAGAGAYAUGGACACCUUUGUUCCAAGACCUAAUACCUCUUCACAGAUCAUCUCUGGUUUAACUCCUUAURCAUUUUGUAAGAUUAUGAAUCCGAAGAAGGAAUAUGACAAGAAUCAGAAGAAACUGCUUACGCCUCGGCGUUCAGAACAGAGGAUACAAGGUGGAAAGGUAGGGUGCUCGGUUCAUGAUGAUGAUGAUGGUUUCAGUUUAAAAGAAUUGACAGCAGCAGCAAUAGUAGCAAUUGUUUUAGCAGCGGCGUCAAAGCAACAGCAUCAACACCAUAUGCAACACCAACAGCUAGAUAGAUAG